AUGAUUGUAAAGGGUUGUGAAAAUGGGGGUGUUGGUGUUGGACGGUGGUUAACGGGAUUUGGAAGCUUGGUACGGAGGAAACAAGUUGAUUCUGUUCAUUACAGGGGACAUGCUCAAUUGGCUAGGAAGUUAUCUGCUGUUGACCUUGUUGGAAUUGGGGUUGGUGCUACUAUAGGAGCUGGAGUGUAUAUUCUCAUUGGAACAGUUGCUAGGGAGCAGGCAGGACCAGCACUUGUAAUAUCACUCUUUAUUGCAGGAAUAGCUGCUGCACUAUCAGCUUUGUGUUAUGCAGAACUUGCAUGUCGGUGCCCAUCAGCAGGGAGUGCUUAUCAUUAUACAUAUAUAUGCAUUGGAGAAGGGGUUGCUUGGCUGGUAGGUUGGUCCCUAAUUCUAGAAUAUACGAUUGGUGCUUCAGCUGUUGCUCGUGGCAUAACCCCGAAUCUGGCCUUGUUUUUUGGUGGUCAGGACAACCUACCUUCAUUUCUGGCUCGUCAUACCUUACCAUAUCUUGGAGUAGUGGUUGAUCCAUGUGCAGCUGUAUUAAUUCUUUUUGUUACCCUCCCUUUGUGCCUUGGAAUCAAGGAGAGUUCAACGGCACAAUCCAUUGUGACCACAGUAAAUGUCUGUGUCAUGCUGUUCAUCAUUAUAGUUGGUGGAUAUCUUGGUUUCAGAUCCGGAUGGGUUGGUUAUGAACUCCCGAGUGGGUAUUUUCCAUAUGGAGUGAAUGGGGUGUUUGCCGGGUCUGCAAUAGUUUUCUUUUCGUACAUUGGUUUUGAUUCAGUGAGCAGCACAGCUGAGGAGGUAAAAAAUCCUCAACGAGAUUUGCCGAUUGGCAUAUCAACUGCAUUAGCUAUAUGUUGCGUUCUGUAUAUGCUUGUAUCAGCCGUUAUUGUUGGCUUAGUACCGUAUAAUGAGUUGAACCCAGACACCCCAAUUUCCUCAGCAUUUUCUAGCUAUGGAAUGGAAUGGGCAGUGUAUAUAAUAACAACUGGAGCUGUCACUGCUCUUUUUUCCAGUUUGUUGGGAUCAGUUCUUCCUCAGCCACGGGUCUUUAUGGCAAUGGCUAGGGAUGGUUUGUUGCCCUCCUUCUUCUCGGAUAUCCACAGGCGCACGCAGGUUCCUUUGAAAAGCACUAUUGUUACAGGUCUCUUUGCUGCUGUUCUUGCGUUCUUUAUGGAUGUUUCUCAGUUAGCAGGGAUGGUUAGUGUGGGAACAUUGCUUGCAUUCACCACAGUUGCAGUUUCAGUUUUGAUAAUCAGAUAUGUUCCACCUAAUGAAGUACCCAUUCCAACUUCACUUCUAACAUCUGUUGAUCCAUUUUUGAGGCAUUCUGGUGUUGAUGUUGAGGAAGACAGGACCAUGAAUCCUGUAGAUCUUUCUAGUCAUUCUGAUAAUAGUCACUUACAUGACAAGUCAGACGUUCCGCUUGAACAUCCUUUGAUCAUAAAAGAAGUAACCAAAGAGCAACGGAAUGAGAAGACUAGGAGAAAACUUGCUGCAUGGACCAUAACCCUUCUAUGUAUAGGGAUUCUCAUGGUUACUGGUGCAGCUUCAGCCGAAAGGUGUCCCAGGAUUUUGCGCGCAACAUUGUUUGGAGUGGGUGUAAUUCUUCUUUUGUGCAGCAUAAUUGUGCUGGCCUGUAUAAAGCAAGAUGAUACCAGACACACCUUUGGGUACUCAGGAGGUUUUGCUUGCCCAUUUGUUCCAUUCUUACCUGCUGCUUGCAUUCUUAUAAACACCUACUUACUAAUUGAUCUUGGGGCUGCUACAUGGCUAAGAGUUUCUGUAUGGCUGUUAAUCGGAGUACUUAUAUACUUGUUCUAUGGCCGAACUCACAGUUCAUUGUUAAACGCAACCUAUGUUCCGUCAGCCCAUGCCGAUGAGAUCCGUCGCACUCAAGCAAAUUAUUUAUCCUAGUAUUCACCCAUCGGGCUCUACAGUUCACUGCAGGUCCCUAAUCUAUCCCUUGGUCAGGGAAUUGUUACUUGUAUAUUUUACACCACCAAUUUGUAAAUAUAUUGUUGUUCUAAAGUCAAAACUUUGUUUCUGCUAUCAGAUGGAUGAUAACCACCAUUGUUCAAUUGUUUAUUUAAGGAUGUGUGUAUAUCAUGAAAAUGUCUUACAAGAGUAAGGUACUAGUUUAAUAGGAAAAGGAUUUAACUAUUCUAAAGUAAGGGACAAGCAUAGAAAAUUAUCAAAUGUUAAAUUAUGAAUCUUUGAUUA